UGGGGACAUUGUCCUAAUCCCCUUCUGCCCUCUCCCUUGUAAACACUGCUCUCUUCGUCAGGGUCGCUCAUGCUUUUCCCCACCUCUCGCUCUCUCUGUCGCGAUGUGCUACAGAAUGGACGCCGGGACAACAUAGAGAGGAAAGGAGUGAAAAGCGUGGAUUUCUUAUGAUCUCAAAGAGACUUGAGCCUCACGUGGUGAGUGAGGCCUCAUGGUCGGAGCAUGCCAUAUGCUAGAGCAGUGAGGCAGUGGGAGAUCAGGCCCACGUCUACACUGCGGGGGAUCAAACGCACUAGGGCCCUGAUGUGGCAGCGGAUACGGGGACUGGUCCGGGCCUGCCGGCAUGGUGCGGGGUACCCAGUCAACUAUAAUGACCCAGACCGAGAGGAACAGGAGAUGGUGUGCCUUGAGCCCAUGGGAUCAGAGCGGAUGGAGAUGCGAAAGAGGCAGAUGUCGGUGCAGCAGGAGUCGGCAGCGGGGGGAACUGCACCGGCCCAGCAGGACCAGCCGGGCCAGGCUAACCCACGGGGCUCGAAUGCAUGUUGCUUCUGCUGGUGUUGCUGCUGUAGCUGUUCCUGGAAUGAAGAUCGAGAUGAUAGGAACCGAAAGGCAUCUUAUGACGUCAAGGAAGGGACCACAGACUGUGAAGACUGUCCUAAGCCCACGUUGGAGGAGGUGCGCUCAUGGGGGCAGUCGUUUGACAAGCUGAUGUGCUGUCCAGCGGGGAGAAACUCUUUUCGACAGUUUCUUCGCACUGAGUUCAGCGAGGAGAACAUGCUUUUCUGGCUAGCCUGUGAGGAGUUCAGGAAAGAGACCAAUAAGAGUAUGAUAGAGGAGAAGGCUCGGGUCAUCUACGAAGACUACAUCUCCAUUCUAUCGCCUAAAGAGGUGAGCCUUGACUCCCGUGUGCGCGAGACGAUUAACAGGAACAUGCUGGAGCCCACAUCGCACACCUUUGACGAUGCCCAGCUGCAGAUCUACACACUAAUGCAAAGAGACUCGUAUCCCCGCUACAUGAACUCCCCAGCCUACAAAAACCUGCUCAACACCCUGUCAGAGCAGUCCCCUGAAUCUUAGGGUGGUGAUGACCUGUGAUCUUUUAACUCUCUUUACCCCUCUCCCAGUCCUUACCCCCCUUUUUUAAAAUUUUUUCUUUGUAUGUUCAGUGUAGGAUUACAUGAAUCAGGCCUCGGGCCUGUCCCCUCCCAGGGAUCUCAGCGCUAUUGUGAUCUGCACCUGACUGAAGACACUCAGGUCUUAAAAUCUCCCGAGGGCUUGACAUCACAAGUACUGCUACAGAUCAACAAAGCAAAACACUCCAAAGGAAUAUGAAUACAUUUUAAUUCUUUUGUUUUUCUUUUUGUUUCUCUUUUGAUAGAAAUAAUCUAUUUUAUUUGUGUUCAGAGUUUUUUAUGGUCUGUUGUUUUUUGUAUGAUCGUUUGGGGGGAAAAUGAUUCCUACUGUAGACUAUAUAUUUAUGAGUUUGUAAAUAGUAAAAAUGGAAUUGUGGGUAUUUUAUGUGGAAACGCCUGGUUCUAUUUCCUGCGUACAAAAAUCAAAGCUCAAGUCAAAGGCUACACGUUAGCUCUACUUGCAGGCAGCUUUGUGGGGUACUGUACUGAUUUUACCUUGGUUUCACCCCGUUUGGUCACCUAACCUCACACUUCAGUACCUGUGACAGCGACUUGGCAACUCCAGUUCAUGUAGAACCUGUGCGUGAUUGAGAAAUACUGUAAGCGUGGUGAUCAGUGAAGUAACAGAAAGUGACAACAGCUCUUGUCACGGCGUGCAAUUCGUUUCCUUAAGAAACUCAAAUCAAAGAUGGAAGGGUGUUUUAACUUUUGUUACUUGAGCUUAACCACAAAAGAUUGCCUGUCUAAGAUGUUUAUUUGAAUUCAAGUGUUACUCACUGCACACCUCAUAGGUUUAUUAUAGUUUUACAAGUGUGACAUAAGUAAUUCUAUUUACCAGAUGAAGUAUUUUUUAUUUAUUGAUGUAUACAAACAAUACAGAAAAACAAGUACAAAUCAUAUUUAAGUCCUGUGAUGGACCAAACUCUACUAAGCUGUCAAAAAAAAUUAAAUAUUGUUAUUUUUAAAGAGUAUAUGGCUCUGUUUUAUAGGUCUGUAAUUUCCUAAUAACGUUCCAGAAGGUUUCCUUGAAGGUACUCUAAUUUGAGACUAAAUAUAAGGAAAUUUAUUCCAUCAUUUAAACCCAAAUAAAUAUGAAUUCAUAUUGUUGUAAGACCUAAACAGCUGGAAUGGAAUCUGUUUUCACGCUGAGAGUAAGAAGAUUUAUUAUGCUCUUAAGUUUUAAAUCUAAAGCUUUUCAUUCUCAAUUUCCGCUUAAGUAUUUGCUCGUAUUUAUCUGACUUUCUUCUCAGGCUAAUUAGACUUUAUUCAAAGUCAUUUCUAGGGAACCUUCUGGAAUAUAAUCUGAAAUGACAAAAAAAAUCACUAUUUAAGACACAUAUAUAAUUUGACAUAUGAUUAUCAGUGACAGUAGGUUUCCGGCCAGGUUAGCAGCAACACCAAAGCUACCAUGUAAACUGUGCUCAUACGUUUUAUCGAGAGUGUUUCACUGAGUAAAAUUGGAGUUGCCAAGUGUUUAAUACUUUUACGUACUCUAAUAGUUUUAGUUGAAUUACUUUGUUGCCUCACAAACGUGUCACUCAAAGACAAGAUCCUCACAUGGGGAAGUGCCUUGACAUUCAGUUUUACGACAUCUUUCUCAUGGGCAACGCUUGCUUUCAAACGCUUGCCAUAAGCGUGGUUACUGGAGCGUGAAGUCAGUUUACUGGAAAUUGUCCCUUUCAUUGGCCAAAUUAUUAAGUGUUUUGUCUUGAUUUCUUAGUCGUGACUACAUCAGUUCACUUUGGUAGGGCAGAGGCUGACGACAGCACAUGUCAAACAAAGAUUGGUGGACAGGCCGGUUGAUCUGAACUUCUUACCAACCUGUGUGCAAUCUGAGUUGAUGGGUUCACUGCGCGGAUCAACCUCAAAACACAACCUAAGCCAGUGGUUUGGAGUGAUGCCUAUAAAUGUUUUUCCUUUUCUGUUUACUAUAUGAAAUGUGUUAUUUUGCGCUGAGUUUACUGAAGAAUACAUUUUAAAAAAAAAUACGAAUAAUGUGAAUGUUUACAGUAAAUGGUUGAUUUUAUUUUUGUUUCUGCUACUCUCCGAGAAAAUAAUGACUUGUGGGCAUUUCGAUUAAGAUAAAAUAAAGCACAAUAAUUUUACUGAGUCUGGAAUGAUUUAAUCAGCAAACUGCAUGACACCAAUAUCAGUAAAAUGUGUCAGGAAAUGACUUUAAUAAUGUCCUAACAGCAAAUUCAACCAACUGAUAGGAAUGGAAGAAUUUUUUCAGUACAUCUGCCCCUGUGUAAGUUUGAGCAGUUUAAAUUCAUGAUUCUGUUGGAAGACAUUUCUUUUAAAAAUAACACCGAUCAGGUGAAAUCCUAAUUAAGAACAUUUAAAAUCAAAAGUAAUGAAUUCUGUGAACUCCUUGAAAUAAACGGUAACGUUCACAUGAGCACAACAUGUCAAUUAGAAUUAAACUCUGUGUGAGCUUUUGGCAAAAACAGUUUAUCUUAAGUGCGCAGAGGAUUGUAGCAAUAUGCAGUUACUCGUGUACCACACUAUUUUGAAAUGCUUUAUAAACUUUGAAAAGUUUAUACUCUUUCACAGUACUGUGCAAAAGUCUUGAGCCACAUCUAAUUUCUUUAUAUUUUCCU